AUGGCAGCUCAGGGAAAUGAUGAUGAGCGUGCUGCACUCAUUUCAGGAAGUGGCGUUUACGGGGGCUUGGUUUAUAGUGGAAACCACUCUGGACACCCUGACCCUUCUCCUCGUGAUACCCAGGCCACCGGAAAUGGAAAAAAUCGGCUGGUUACCCUGUGCAUUCUAGUGACUGAGUUGUGUGAGCGAUUGACGUUCUACGGAUUGACAGGAAAUCUUGUUUUAUUUUGCAAAGAUGAACUGGAUCUUUCCGCACCAUGGCCUUCAACUAUUAUUUUGAUAUUUAUGGGUAAGUGUAAUUCUUAAAAUUACGUUGUAAUAACUGAUGACAAGAGAUCAUUUCAACUGAUCAUUUCAAGAGAUCAUUUCUCUUGCUUACAUCAGAUUACUUCAGAUUUAGUGAGGGGAUGUAUUUUUGCUUACUUUUCUCGGGAUAAGUUAAGUGAGGAAAAUAAGGAACCCUUACUUUCGCUGAUCUCUUGACGUCAAAAUGUUUAAAUCUUAAGUGGAACCACGAACAGCAGGCGAGUGGUUUCCCUGUGAAGUUUUGAACACUUUGACUUCAUUUUUAUGAUUGAUAAGAGUACAGACCAUGGAAUGGAUUUGCCUUUCUAUAUAAUAACAUUGACAGUUACCCGAUUAUUGUUCCUGCACUUUUUUAAGCCCAUUUCCGUUGACGUUUUGCGGAGAAUCGCCCGAGAGAUCCAGUGGCGGAUCAAGACCUUCAGAUAAGGGGGGGGCCCGGUCAUCCAGACCCUGGGAUAAGGGGGGGGGCGGUAUCAAAAAAAAAUUUUCGGCCCCUCGGGCCUCAGUCUGGUCUAAAAAUAAGGGGUUGCCGGGCCAUAGCUCUUGACCAUUCAGCGCGCGAGAAAUCGCUCAGUUCUUGUAAAAUUAUUUAUUUUUUGUUACUUUUUUCCUGUUAUCAUGAAUGAGCAGACCAUUGUCCGCAGGUGACAUAAUGAUCGCUAGUCCAGUCAUACUUCGGAAAAAAAAUUUAAACUGAUGAUAAAAAGGUAUUAUCUUAACCCCUCAGGUACCUGCUACCUUAUUCCCUUGCUUGGAGGAUGGGUAGCCGACACAUACAUGGGAAAGUACAACGCAAUCUAUGCCAGCUCGUUGUUAUACCUCACUGGAGCUUUGUUAAUGCUCCCAGUUUCCAACGACAAAAUCGCCCAUAACAAGACAACGCGAUUAGUGUACUUUGGAUUGUCCCUUGUGAUGAUUGCAGUGGGCACUGGAGGAAUCAAAGCCAACGUGGCGCCCUUAGGAGCUGAUCAGCUUGAACAAUACGGGCCUAGAGCCGUCCAGAGAUUUUUUAAUUGGUUCUAUUGGUUUAUUAACGUAGGAUCGCUGGUGGCAUUUACAGUUGUUGUGUAUGUGCAACAAAAGUACACCUUCUUUUACGGGUACCUUAUCACUGGCUGCAGUAUGUUACUAGCUGUCCUAACCUUCGUCGUCUCCCGUAACAAGUACAUAGUCAAGCCACCAGGAGGUAGUCAAAUCACCGAGACUGGGAAAAUAAUCUAUCAGGCGAUAAAAAAUCGCCCUCAACCAGAGGCAACGACGUGGCUAGACAGAGCAAAGAUAAGUUUUGGUGGAACGUUCUCUGAAACACAAGUUGAAGAUGUCAAGGCACUGUUGCGUGUCAUUCCAGUAUUUCUUCUAUUUAUCGUUUAUUGGGUAAUCUACGCACAGGUAACUAAAUGCUCCAUUCCGAAUAUAAGCUAAGUCAUAAAACAUACCAAAGAUACAGUUUGCUCUAUGAAGGUUCGGCAAUUAAAUAGUCAGUGUCAUUUAUCAGUUAGUACACUUAUAGAGUCGAAAGGACGCUUUUUUUAUCUUGCAAAUGAGAAAAAAACUAAUUUUAUUAGAACCAACUAAAUUAGCUUGCUUUAUAGGUCAAAGGCCUUAUGUAGCCUAAGCGAAGAGGGGAGGAAACAUAGUUCUCCUUCUCGAUCAUUCAAUACAUAUCAUUGCCAUAUAUAUAUAAAGGCAAAUAUCUUGAAAACUCAGUUUUCCCCUAAUCUUAAGGAAUGUGUCUAUUAUGGAUCUGAAGCAGUUUCUGGGGCCGAUACUCUCUACAAUGGCCUAUACGUGGAGGUUCCGCCUGAAAGGGGUACCUUUUUCAGGUAUAAGAAAGGGCGGUAAGGAUUUCUCUUGUUGAAGUGAAAAAAAAAUACGGUAGGGAAAUUUGUCCGUUUUAAGUCUGUAAAAAGGCUCAAAAGGGCUAACAGGUGCUAUGCUAUGGAUGUAAAAAAAAGUCGAGAAAACGCUCUGGUUUUGUGUUCUAUUCAUAUUUUUAGUACGUUUAGUGCAGUUACAGCAGUUAAAAGGGAUGCAAAAUUCUAAACUAGGCAUACCAAAGGGUUACCAAUUAUUAAUAGAAGGUAUACGAAAAAAGCAUAUACAAGGGUGAGGGGCUGGACCUUGGAACGAAGCCUCCCGUUUAAAACUUGCCCGGUCCCUCGCCCCCUCCCCGCUGGAAGUAGUUUUCUUCUCUCCUAGAAAAAGAGAUCUUUAUAGAAUCUAAAUUCAUUAUUGAUUUAUUCUUAUUUUAUAUUCAGAUGUCGACAUCAUGGCUUAUUCAAGGCACCUACAUGAAACUAGAAUUUGAGAGCUUCAGCGUUCCAGCGGCAUUUCUAUCCAUUUUUGACAUAUUUAUAAUUCUUCUUCUCAUUCCGUUUAUGGAUCAUGUCGCGUAUCCCAUUCUCAAACACUACGGAAUUUCCUUCAGUCCCUUACGCAGAAUUGGGGUUGGAAUGUUGUUAGCUACGGGAUCUAUGAUUGUAGCGGGGCUGGUGGAGAUAAAAAGAAGGCAUUCUGUAGAAGAAGGACAUUUCUUUGAUCAGGUUGUUUUUGGUGAGCAUCGCAACGCUUCAACGGUGAAUAUCUUUUGGCAAGUCCCACAAUUUCUUCUGCUUGGUUCCAGCGAGGUGCUGUCAGUUAUUACAGGUACUUAUAUCAUAAUUGAGUAAUAAUUAGUUCUGUUUAACCAUAUUUAGUACUCGCUGUGGUUAGCCAAAUAAUUAAGCAGUGGGGGCAGUCACAUCCCAUUAGCUUACAAGAUAAUCUAAUUUUAGAUAAAGAUUACUUUCGAUUUGUGGAACGCGUUUUCUUAGCGAGGCGGCCAUUUUGAAUUUUGCAGUCAGCUAGUGCAAGGACCAGAGCCGAGGGUAAGCGAUCGGAUCUAUCCGAAGCGCGCUUUGUUAGCUAGACUUGCUACAAGUCGAGCUCACGAAUUUAUUACUGAGCGAAGCGAGCUUUUAGACCUCGAAAUUCUCGAAGCGGCCAAGCGAGCAACGAAGGACUUUUUUCAAAGUCUAGGUGAUAGCCCGUUGGAGGAGAAUCACCGCGCGCUUAUUAGUCAGUUCCCGCGCCUCACGAUUCGAAGAGGACGCUCGGUUACUAGGACUUACCAAACGCCUUCCUGAAUAAUAAAAGUAUUUCUAGGCUUUUCGGCAAGAAACAUACGGUAGAAGACAAAGCUUUUUCUGGCGUAUCCUUAAAAAAUAAACAACCCUGAAAACUUCUCUUUUUUCAUUAGAAAAGUUAACGCAGUUAUUUUUAUUGAAGGUUAAUCCCUCUCCCGAUGACAAAAUGAUAAAUCUUCUAAUAUUUGAUAACCUGCAAUUGUUUCCCUCACUACAACUUCUCCAAAAAUUCGUAGUAGAAUGACGACGGCUAUCGCGUUUUGUUCCCGCCAAAAUGACGCUUGUUUGCACGCGCGCGCAGUAGUUAGCAUUGAGAAAAUCUCAUUCUCUUGGUCGUCCUUGUAUUCCCUUGUAUUAGAAUCCAGGUCUCUAGAAGAGAGGAUAAAGGGGACAGAGAAGGCAUCCCCCAUACACACCCUAUUCCAUAGGUAGUUCGUCUCGCGUUAUUUUUAAGACCACAGAUCCCAAGGGGAAUUAGACAACAGCCAAUCACAUAGUGCGAAUGUGUUCCCCGUGGAUGACCCACGCUAGCCAUGCGUCCUUCAGGAAUUGACGCAGAACAAAAUGGCGGAAGACGCUGAGAGCGAUAUUACUAUUCGUUUUGUCGACGAAAACGACUACAGAGAGAUUUCUGCUAAAGCUGUGUCAGAGAAACGGAAAUUAAAAAAGAAUCGCCCUUCCUCUCUUGUAUAGAGCUAACAGUACAGCAGGGAAAUCCUUAACACACUGAAUAUCCUCUCAGAAUCAGUUAUAAUUUACAUUUUGAAGAGAGCAAUUUCUGUUUUGAUAUUUAUUCUUUUAUUAGUCUUUUAUUAUUCAACAAAAAUAACACUUGGUGUCCUACUUGCUUUAUUGUACAAACGACCGGUUUCAAUAGACCGGCGAAAUUUCUCAGUUUACUAAAGCACUGAGGUCACGAAAACUUCGAGUUAAACUGAUUUCAUGGGUUGUCAGAGUCUAGCGAUUCCCUUUUCCCAGAUGAGCGCCGACUCAUUUCGAGUCAAUAUUCAGGAAUGCUUUCAAUCUCUUUACGCUUUCAUUGCCUUGCGCCCGACAUGUUUUGCACGGCGUUUAGUCAGGCGAAACCUCCACGAAACAUCCACUCAGCGCGCGAGGUAACUUUAUCCCGAUUCUAAAAAUAACUCGAGACGAAUUACCUAUGGAAUGGGGUGUGUAUGGUGGAUGCUUUCUCUGUCCCCUUUAUCCUCUCUUGGUCUCUAUUAUUAAAUAUAUAGAGCUAUUAAUAUUAAUUUUUGGACUUUUCUAUGUGAAUAGGGCUGGAGUUUGCCUACUCUCAAUCUCCUGAGUACUUGAAAGGAGUAGUAAUGGGCAUGUUUCUGAUCACCGGUGGCCUUGCAAACUAUAUCACCAGUCUUAUUGUUGUCAUAGUCAGAUCAGCGAGUAACAACAGAUGGUAUCCAAGCAGCGACCCUAACAAAGGAGAACUGGAAUGCUUCUAUUUUCUUCUAGCCUCGCUAAUGAUGCUCAAUUUUGCCAUUUUUAUGUUCGUUGCUUCGCGGUAUACUUACAAGGUUACGCCCAAAAAGAUUGCACAGAAAGAGUAUUGGGUGAAAGGAGAUCAGGAAAAUGAACCUAAAGUAUAA